AUGGGACCGGGGCAGCUCCUGGCGCUGCUGGGGACAGCCGCGCUCGCGGGGGCGGGGCUGGACCUGGAGACCCCCGCGGUUUUCCGGGGGGACCCCGGGGGCGCCUUCGGAGCCAGCGUGGCCCAGCUGGGGAGCGGCAGCGCGGGAUGGCUCCUGGUGGGGGCUCCCCACGCCGGCGGCGGCUCCGGGGCCGUUUUUGGCUGCAAAUUCGGCUCCGAAAAUUGCGAAAAAAUUCAAAUCUCAGGACCCUCCGGAUCCGGGAAUUCCUCGCUGGGGUUGGCGAUGGCGGCCGGGGACGACGCGGCGCUGGUGUGCGGCCCCUCCUCGCCCCAGGUGUGCGGGGUCAACGUCCACCUCAACGGCUUCUGCGUCCAGCUGGACACGCGGCUGCGGCCGGUCCGGAGCCUGCCGGACGCCUUCCCAGAGUGUCCGAAGCCCUCGAUGGACAUCGCCUUCCUGAUGGACGGCUCGGGCAGCAUUGCCAGAGACGACUUCGGGAGGAUGAAAACGUUCAUUGGCGCCGUGAUGCGGCGCUUCCGGGGCGCCGACGCGCAGUUCUCCCUGACGCAGUUCUCCCACGAAGUCGAAGACCACUUUGACUUCACCGAGUUCCGGAAGGUUCCGGACCCCUGGCGCCUCCUGGACAAUGUCCAGCAGCUGCGCGGAGCCACCUACACGGCCACGGGCAUCCGGCACGUCCUGAGGCAGAUGUUCGGGCCCGGCCGCGGGGCCCGGCCGGACGCCCGGCGCAUCCUGAUCGUGGUGACCGAUGGCGAGAAGCUCGGUGACUCUCUGGACUACCCAGAGGUCAUCAAGGAGGCCGACGCCAUGAGGGUCACUCGCUACGCCAUCGGGGUGGGCGAGUCGUUCCGGCGGCCGGAGCUGCACCGGGAGCUGCAGGUGAUCGCGUCCAGCCCCGCCCAGGAUCACCUGUUCCGCGUGGACAACUUCUCUGCGCUGGCCGGCAUCCAGAGCCAGCUCCAGGAGAAGAUCUUCGCCAUCGAGGGUACCCAAAUACACCUGGGGAUACCUGGAUAUACCCAUAAUACACCUGGGGAGACCCCGUCCACUGAGUGCCUCCUGUGCCAGCUGGAGAUGGCGCAGGCCGGGAUCAGCGCCACCCUGAGCCCGGCCGGCCCCGUCCUGGGCGCCGUCGGAGCUUUUGAUUGGUCGGGAGGAGCCUUCGCCUACGGCGGGGGCGGGGCCGAGCCCGAGUUCCUCAAUGGCUCCGCCCCCCGGCCGGGCACACCUGGGGCGCACCUGGAGGGCGCCAGGGACGCUUACCUGGGUUACGCGGCCACGCCCCUGAGCCUGGGGCGCACCUGGGGCCUGGCCCUGGGAGCGCCCAGGUGGGGACACCUGGGACAGGUGAAGGUGCUGGAGAAGGGAGACACCUGGAGGGUGCUGGGAGAGGCCACGGGGACACAGGUGGGCUCCUAUUUCGGGGCGUCCCUGCUGGCCCUGGAGCCGUGCCCAGGUGAGCCCCGCCCAGGUGAGCAGCCCCGCCCCCGGCCAGGUGAGCCCCAGGUGCGGCUCCUGGUGGGGGAGCCCCUGUUCUACGGGGGGGGCAGCGGCGGCCGAGUGCACCUGUGCGAGAUCCAGGGACAGGUUCCCCGCCUGCGCUGCCGCCCGUCGCUCCAGGGCUCACCUGGGCACCCCCACGGGCGCUUCGGGGCCAGCCUGGCUCACCUGCCGCAGGUGGGCGGGGCCAGGUGCGCCCAGGUGGCCGUGGGGGCGCCCCUGGAGGACGAGGGGCGGGGAGCGGUGUACCUGUUCAGCAGCACACCUGCGGGCAUCGACGGCAACGGGCAGCGCGUCGCCGGCUCCUCGUUCCCGUCCCAGCCCCGUUUUUUCGGCCAAUCGCUGAGCGGGGGGCGGGACCUGAGCGGGGAUCACCUGCCCGACCUGGCCGUGGGCGCGCGGGGACAGGUGCUGCUGCUCAGGUCGCCGCCGCUGCUGCGGGUGCGGCUGCGCGUGACCUUUGACCCCGCGGUGAUCCCGGCGCGGGAGUGCCCGGAGGGGGCGGAGCUUCGGGAGCGGCUGGGCGUGGCCAGGGUUUGCUUCCGGGUCACCAAGGAAACGCGCGACAGCCUGGGCGCCGUCUCGGCCUCGCUGUGGUUCCGGGCCGAGCUGGAUCCCGGCCGCGCUCGCGUCCGCGCCGAUUUUGGGGCCGAAAACGCCAAAAACGGGACCCUGAGCGUGGGGGAGGGGCAGCGCUGCCAGAGCCUCGAGAUUUUCUACAAGGGGUGCCCCCAGGACACGCUGACCCCGCUGACCCUCAGGGUGACCCUGGGCGGCCGCGGGGACCCCCUGGAGGCGGCCGGGGGGCUCCGGCCACAGCUCGGACCCGGCUCGGACACGGCGGUGACCGCCACGCUGCCGUUCGAGCACGACUGCGGCGCCGACAACGCCUGCCAGGACCGGCUGGAGCUGCAGCUGAGCCUUGUGGGGCCGGGGGUGCUGCUGGUGGGGCAGGGGGACGCCCUGGAGCUGACCCUGACCGUGACCAACGCGGGCGAGAGCUCCUUCGGGCCCGGGGUCACCCUGGAGCACCCGGCCCCGCUCAGCUUCCGGAAGGUGCAGAUGCUCCAGCCCCGCGGUUCCGUUCGCUGUCACUCAGAGCCCCCCGAGGGGCGGGGCCGGCGCUCGCUGUGCUGGGCGCAGCCCCCGGUGCUGCGGGCGGGGGCGCAGGUGAGUUUCCGGCUGACCCUGGACGUGCCCCCGGACGCUGAACUGGGGCAGACGCUGCAGGUGACGGCGCAGAGCCACAGCUCCAAUGGCGGCGCAGGUGGGCGGAGCCAGAGCGCGACCAUCCCGGUCAGGUACCAGGUGUUCCUGGUGAUUGACAGCGCCGCCGACUCCUCGCGUUACCUGAACGUCACCGCCGGGGGCGCCCCUCCCCCCCCCGCCCCCGUCAGCCACCACUACCAGGUGAAGGUGCUGGGGCGCCGCCCCCUCCCGGCCGACGUCACCUUCUGGGUCCCCGCCCACCUGGGGCAGGUGCGGCUGUGGGAGAGCCUGGGGAUCACACCUGAGCAGGAGCAGCCGCGGUGCCGGGAGGGCCCCGAGGAGCCGGGGGAGGACCCCGAGCGCCCCCUGCUGUCGUGCCCCGGCGCCCCCUGCCGGACGUUCCGGUGCUCGCUGCCCCCCCUGGAGCCGCCGCGCACCUGGGGCUUCCACCUGGGGGGGAAACUGAACCUGGAGUGGGUGAGACAGGUGCCCUGGCCCAAGGUUCACCUGCAGAGCUCGGCCCGGGUGAGCUUCGACCAGAGAACGUUCCAGAACACCUGGGGGGGCACCGAGCUGCAGGUGCAGACGGAGCUGGAGCGGGUGCAGACCCCGAACCCCCUGCCCGUCAUCGUGGGGGCGUCCCUGGGGGGGCUCCUCCUGCUGGCCCUGGUGGCCCUGGGCCUCUACAAGGUGGGAAAAAAUCGCGGACUCGGGGGGCGCUGGGCGGACUCGGGGGGCGCUGGUCCCCCCCAGGCGGACUCGGGGGGCGCGGUGACGUGCGGGGGCUUCCCGGGGGGUCGCUGGGUGCAGUUCGGGGUCCUGAGCUUCGCCCUGGGCUGCGCCCGCCCCAACGGCCCCGCCCUGGCCACGGCGCUGGCGGGCGCGCAUGCGCGGUGGCUGCGGCGCCGCCUCCCCCCCGGCGCCUUCCUGAGCGCCCCCCCGGGACCCCCCCCGGACCCCCGGGCCGAGAUCGGGCUCUGCUACGGGUGUGGCUCGAUGGGCGGCCCCGCCCUGCCCCUCCCCCCUCCCCCGCGCUGGCCCUGGGGCGUGACCCUGCGGGGGGAGGGGCGGCGCUGCGGGGGGGCCCUGCUGGGCGGGGCCUGGGUGCUGACGGCCGCCUCCUGCUUCCUCGGGGCUCAGGACCCCGAGGCCUGGGAGGCGGAGCUCUGGGGGGCGGAGCUUGGAGGCCCCGCCCCUUCCCCCUCUGCCCCCUCCCCUUCCCAUUCUAACCACUCCCAUUAUGGCCCUGCCCUUUUAGGCCCCGCCCCUUCCCCGCCAAGCCCCGCCCCCCGCGGGUCCCGCCUCCACCUGCACGGGGCGUUCGCGGGGGCGGGGCCUGAGGGGGCGGGGCCGGACCUGGCGCUGCUGGAGCUCCGCCCCCCGCCCACCUGGGGGCCGCACCUGCGGCCGCUCUGCGCCCCCUACCGGGAGCACCUGGCCACGCCCACCCUGCCGCUGGCCACGCCCACCGCCUACCGGGGCACCUGCUGGGCGCUGCUGCCAGACCCCCGGGACCCCGCCCGGCUCCGCCCGGCCCAGGUGGUUCCCGAGCGCUGCCCCCAAAACCCCGAACUGUUCUGCACCAACGGCACCCGCCCGGAGCAGGAGGAAUUUUUGGGGUCCCCCCUGGCCUGCGAGGAGCGGGGCCUGUGGUUCCUGGUGGGCGUGGCCGCCCCCCGGAAGGGGCGGGGCCCGCCCGCGUUCACGUGGGUGCCCCCCCAGGAGCGCUGGAUCGCGGGGGUCGCCAGGGGGGGGGUCCUGUUCGCCGAGCCCCCCCCGGACCCCCGGGACGAGGAGCGGGAGGAGCGCGAGGGGGACCCCGAAAUUGGGGGGGGGGACCCCGAAAAUUGGGGGGACCCCGAAAUGGGCGAAAAUCCCGAAUUUGGGGGGGUCUGGGGGCGCCUGAACGGGUCGGGAAGCGCCGGAAAUUGGGGGAACCCCGUGACGUCACCAGAGCCCGAAAAUCCGGGGACCCCCGGGGAUUUGGGGAACCCCGUGACGUCACCAAACCCCGAAAAUCGGGGAUCCCGGGAUUUGGGGACCCCGUGA